AUGAUUUAAUUAACCAAAGAACAUCUUCAUGACUAAAAUAAAAAACUUACAGAAGAAAACUAAAGAUUAGAGUUGGUUGUCUAUAGCCUUCAAAGACAGUUACAAAAUCUAGCCAAUUUUAUAGAAAGAGAAAAACUGUUACAAGAACAAGUUGAUUAACUUAAUCUAGAAUUAGGAAAUCUUAGAAGAGACAAUACAAAUUUAUAAGAAGUCAUUCUAUCUUUGUAAUUUUAAUUAAAUUCUAAUAUUAAUAAUACACAAAAUGAAAAACCAGUGAAUGAAAUAGAUUCCAUUAAAUAAUUUUAUGAAGAGUAACUUAAUGCCCUUUCUAAAGAAAAUUCUAGAUUAUAGAGACUGGUAAAAGACUUUAAUAAUAAAUAAAUUUCCAAUCUUCAAGUAUCUGCUGCAAAAUUACUCGAAAUUGGAAAUAAAAUAGAUUUAAAAUUAGGUGAUUAAUCUCAUAGAAGAAUGUUAAGCAAUCCUACAAUUUAAAGUCCUAAAGGAAUUUCUAAAGAGAUAUAUCAAAAUUUAAUUUAAUAACUUUCUAAUUAAAGCAUAGAUGAAAAAUCACUCUUUGCCUCUCAGUAAUUAUUAAAAUUAUAUUUAUAGUUCAAAAAUCAAGCUUCAAGAUUCCAUUAUAUCUUCUAAAACAUUAUAUAAAUAAUCUAAAAUGGCAGCUUCAGCUUUCUAAGCUGGGUAAAUUGACUAACCUUUACCUUAGAUUCCUAAUCUUGUUAAAAAAUGA